AUGAAGGCCGCGGAAAGGAAUGCGCACGUGAGUAACCGGAGGCCGCCCUUACUGGUGGCGAAAAGGAAGGGAGCGAUGCCCGUGCGUGAGAAGGGGGCGACAACUGCGCAUGAGAAGGGAGCGACAAUUGCGCAUGAGAAGGGAGCGACAACCGCGCAUGAGAAGGGAGCUACCUCCAUUGGCCAUGCAAGACAGAGCAGCCAAAAAAAAACAUCCGCAGACGAACGAAAAGACGCACUAAAGAUCAACAUUAAAGGAGCCUCCGCCGAAAGCAUCACCAACAGGGCGACAAAGGAAAAGGCCACCCCAAUCAUGCACCAUAAAAGUGACAGGAAGAAAGACAAAGCGGUGAAUGGAAGGACGAAGGAUAAAGGAAUGCACAGUACUGGAUCCACCCACCCCAGUAGCAGUCAUAGAAAGAACAACGCCGGUGUGGAGAAGCCACAAAAUUUGGUUAAGUCCAGCGGGAACGCAGAUUUAAAUGUUUGCCUGAACAGAGAGAGUGUGCAUAGCUUCCUUCGCUUGAGUUACAAAUAUAGGGACUAUGAGUACUGUGUGGGUUUCGUGAUGGGGGAUGACCCGUCUGAGAAAAAAACCCUGCAAAAUGAGAAAAGAAAAAACAUUUGCAGAAGCAUCCGGGGUAUCAUAAAGGAUAAGUUUUUACUCAACUGUGAAGCCAUAAUAAACGUGGUGAACUGUAUCCUGUGCACGAUUAAUGAGGAGAAGGAAAAGAUAUACUACACUCACCUGAACGCAAAUCAGUACAGGACCAUUUCUGAUAUCACCGAGACUGGGGUGAAAUAUAAAUACGAGCAGCUAGCUAGAGAGACUUACAAGAAGGCAUUCGAGUUAGCUCAAGUACACCUGGUACCAACGGAUGUGCAUUUUUUGCAGUUGGCUAGUCGCUAUAUUUCCUUCCUUUAUUUCAACGUGGGGAAAGAACAGCUGGCCCUAAAAAUUUGCACAGACGUGUUUGAUCGAACGGCCGAUGAGCUGGGGAAUAUGGAGGACGAGGGGGAGGCGGACAAGUGCCUCCAGAUUCUGAGCAGGAUGCGCUACAACAUAAAGCGCUGGUCGAGGAAGCUCCACGGGAACAGCAUCCUCUUCCUGGACUUCUAG